AAUGCCAGUGGCUGGAGAAGUUAGUCAGCCUCCUCGUGGGCAUAGGAAAGUGAUUGUGAAGAAGAGGAAAUCUGACGUGGUGGACUUGUCUGAAGAAUCUAGUGAAAAGGAUAGAGGUAUAUCUUUGGAAGAAAUUCAAGCCUUUAUGGUUAAUCAGAAAAAGCUUCAUGAAAUGUCCGAGCAGAGCAAAGGUUUGUCAGUGUGGGGAAAAGAGUAUCCUUAUAUGGCUGUAGCGGGCGAGUUUUGUCAGUCCUCGGCUGAUGUAUCUUUGGCUAACGAGGUUGGUGAAAUUGCUAUUGGGCAAUAUAUGCAGGUGGUUGGUUUGCGGCUGGCCAGUUUAGGGCGUAGCCAAGAGUUGAAACAUAAGAAAGUGACAGUUGAAAAAGAGGAGUGUUUGUUGUUGAAAGAAGAAUUGGCUGAAAAUAAAGUUACUGUGGUGGAGUUACGUACUAAAUUGGCUGAAUCUGAGAAGCAGUUGAAAGAAACAAAGGAUAAUUAUGCUAAGGAUAUUGAGGAUUUAAAGAAAAAAGAAGCUGAUUUGGCGAGUAUGAAAUCUCGACUGAUUGAAGUUACUGCUCAACUAAAAGAGAUGGAGAAGAAAAAAGGGGAUGAGAUAUUGGAUUCCUUUGUUGAGGGUUUUGAAAGAGCGUCUCUACAGGUUAAGUUCUUGGCUCCUGAAGUUGAUCUGUCUGAAAUGGAUCCGGGGAAGAUCGUCCGAGAUGGGAAGAUGGUUGAAGAUGAUGGUGUUGCCGAGGAUGGGGCUGAUAAUGUUUAGUGUUUUCUGAAAACUAUGUGU